UCCACAUCCUUCUGUGGCUCAGAGAGUAAUCAGACAUGGCGCUGCUGCCAAUCUUUCUGGGCUUUCUUGCCGCUCUGAUAGGAGGGCUGUACCUUCUCGGGGUAUUUCGACAACGUAGACCAGGAGAGCCCCCUCUGGAUAAAGGGCUCAUCCCUUGGCUGGGCCAUGUGUUGGAAUUUCGCAGGAACACACUGAAGUUCCUUGAGAGGAUGAUAAAGAAGCAUGGCAAUGUUUUCACCAUACAGCUGGGAGGGUUUUACAUCACAUUCUUUCAGGACCCUCUGUCCUUUGGGGCACUUGUGAAGGAGAGUCGAGAAAAGCUGGACUUUAAUGAGUUUGCCAUGCAUCUGGUGCAAAAGGUGUUUGGGUACAAAGCUGACAAGGCUGACCACAGCAUUCUCCAGAAUUCCAGCAACAAGCACCUAAAAGGGGACGGCCUGGAGGUAAUGACACAAUCCAUGAUGAGUAAUCUGCAGAACCUGAUGUUGAACACAAUGGGUUCAUCUACAGACGAAAAGACCUGGGUGGAAGACGGACUGUUUAUGUACAGUUACAAUAUUGUGUUCAGAGCCGGAUACUUGUCUCUGUAUGGUAACUGGCCACACAAGUCUGAAGGAGGUGAGGAGAAAGCCAAAGCGAAAGACAGAGCAGAAUCUGAAGCGCUAUUUUACGAGUUCCGUAAAUACGACCAACUGUUUCCAAACUUGGCUUAUGGUGUCCUGACACCAAGUGGAAGGAUGGAAGUAGGGAGACUUCUGGGAUACUUCUGGAACACUCUGUCUGUGCAGAAACUGAAGAUCAAGGACAACAUCAGCCGCUGGGUGUGGGACAUGCAGCAGGCCAAAGAGGAGGUGGGUGAGAGUGAGUCGAUGAUAGACAGGUACUUGUUCGUGCUUCUGUGGGCUUCUCAGGGAAACACUGGUCCAUCUGCGUUCUGGCUGCUCCUCCUACUCAUGAAACAUCCAGAAGCUUUGGCAGCAGUGAAGGAAGAGGUGGAUAAGGUAGUGAAGGAGUCUGGGCAGGAAGUCAAACGUGGUGGUCCUUUACUUGAUCUGACUCGUGAUAUGCUGAUGAAAACACCAAUCCUGGACAGCGCUGUGGAAGAAACCCUGCGUCUCACCGCUGCACCCCUCCUGACCAGAGCAGUGCUCCAAGAUAUGACCAUCAAGAUGGCUGACGGAAGUGAGUACUCUGUUCGCAAGGGCGACAGAGUUGCACUCUUUCCUUAUAUUUCUGUUCAUAUUGACCCAGAGAUCCACGCUGACCCACAGUCAUUCAAAUACAACCGCUUCCUUAAUCCAGACGGCACAAAGAAAACCGACUUUUACAAAGGGGGAAAGAAGGUGAAGUACUACAACAUGCCCUGGGGUGCUGGGGUCUCUAUGUGCCCUGGGCGAUUCUUUGCCACCAACGAGCUGAAACAGUUUGUCUUCCUCAUGUUGGUCUAUUUCGAGUUCGAGCUGAAGAAUCCUGAUGAGGAGAUACCUGAAAUUGACUUCAGGCGAUGGGGUUUUGGAUCGAUGCAACCCCAGAAAGACGUUCAGUUUCGGUACAGACUCAGAUUAUGAACCAAUCAUUAAAGACCGCAACAUGUCCAAAAUGAAAAAAAAAAAGUAGGUACAAUUAAAAGCAAAGCUUUACAUGAAACACAAGAAGCAAAAAAAAUGGUGGUAGAUUCUGAUAUUGAAGCACUUUGCUCUGAGUGAAUGUUAAAUUGAUUUAUUUUAUGAGGACAGCCAUUGUUUCAUUCUGAAGAAAGAUGCAAUUACUUUAGUAGUAUUAUAGCUCCGGUCUCACAUGAAGUCUUGCAUGAUACUGAAUCUGUUGAUCAAGAUAGCAAUCAAUGUUUUCAGGACAUGUGCAUAACUGAAAUGCCACUAUGCUCCAGAAACUGUGCCUUUAAUCCUUACUUCAUUGAUUACAGUGUAAUUGCUCUUACUGGCACCGUGUUAAAGUGGCUUCAAGUUUUUUCAACAGCUAUAAAAAAUGAGUUAUCGCUGGAUUUACAACAUAAUCAACAUAAUCAGUUGUUGCUUACUCCUUAUCUACUCAGCUGACAUCAGCAUACAAAUCUUUAUUUGGAACAAUUAAACCAAUGGUGUAUUUUACAUGUAGAUGUAUAUAUGUUCUAUGUAACAUGUUAAUUUAUGACAUUGUAUAUCACUGUUUUUCUGCGUUGUAUAUCAAGCCUUACAUUUACUUCUUGAUUAAAAGUGGCUGUGGUUAUCAACCUUAAA